UUGCCCGUGUAAAUUUUUUCCGAUAAAUAUUUUGAGCGCGCAUUAUUUCCCGUUAAAAUUGGGGGAAAACAGAAGAAUGGCUUUGCCGAAAUACAAAAUAGGAAAUGUGCCUUUAGACAAAUGGUCCAUCAAAGAGAGACUUGCCCUUGCUUGCUCUGUUUUUAGAAGCGGAGAUCAAAAUUGGGUAUCUGUAAGCAGACAAAUUAAAUCUUAUGGAGAGCCAAACAGACCACAGGAAUGGUUCUCACAAAGGAAUUGUGCCUUGCAAUAUGCUGAUCUUUUGGAGAAAGUGGAAACACCAAAGAGGAAGGGUCGGGACCGGGCGGAGGUGGAGACCCCCAGCCAGCAGAUCAUGAGGAAGUUAACAAUAGAGAGGAUAGAGGAGCUAAAAAAGAUAGUCAUGGAGCAGGAACAGAACUACAAGAAGCUAAAGAAAGAUGUAGAAAUGAUUAAAUCUGGUCAAUGGGACGACAGACUGCCUGAGAUUUACCAACAAAUGUUGAGUGAAAAGAAAGAAGCGGAGGAGGCAGCGAGGGAGGCCGAGAUGUUGGGAACAUCCACAGACUCCAGCCUCCCCGAGACCGGCCCAGCCUCUGUGGCUGAGAGUCAAACAGAGAUGGAGACAGAGGAGGUGGGCCAAGACUCGGAAAACAAGGACAUUGCUGUAGAAGUCAAUGUAGUGACUGAAGAGAAACCCGACAUACAGGAGCCCUUAAAGAUAAAGAUAGAAACAAAUACCCCUGGGGUAGAGGACAAGCCCAAACCUAACCCCUCCCCCACACGGCUACUGACCACUCUUCUGUCCAGUAAGACCAGUAAGGUGGAGGAUCUGAAAGAACUUAAAGAGAAAACAGAACAAGAACAGGCUAAAGCAGAAGCAGCAGUUGCUGCGGCAUCCACUGCUGUUACCACGGUAACCGAGGCACCCGUCAAGAAAAUAGAACAGCCAGAAUCCUCAGGAGCUGUUUCAGCAAUUGAUCAAACUCCUUCCAGUACUGCCCCCACUUUGACAAAACUGCUCCACAAAGGGGGCCAGAGCAAAUCUGUGGAGGAAGAGGACUCAAUAAGGGGCGCCACAGACACCCCCAGCAGCAGUAACACCAUCCCUGUGGACGAAGAAAUAGUGGAGAUAGAGGAUAUCAAAGAAGAGGAAGUUGAGGACCAGAGCGGAGGCGAUCAGCAGAAAAUCAAAGAGGAAGUUGUCAAUGUCGAACAGGAGGAGAACCAAGAAUCAACAGAUACAGGCUUUGUUCAACUGGAUGAGGAGAUUUCUAUAAAAGAGGAGCCGAUGUCCCCUGCUAGUAGUGUGUCCUCAAAAGUCAGCGAGAGCGAGAUAAAGGCAGGCAACAGGCGUAGUAGUCGAGGACGACAGUCUGGUAGGAGAAGAAGAACAAAGAGGUUAAAGAAACCUGCAGGUGUUAAGGAUGAGGAAAGCACAUCAAGGUUGAGUGAUGGUGACACAACGGAGGAUGAAACAGCUCGUGAGAGUGAUGACACAUCUCUGUCUGGAAACAUCACCAACGUGCCCACCCCCACACCAUUCACUGAGUCCAUUCCCAGCAGCCCGGUGUCUCACUGUAGUGACACAGAAGAUGAAAAAGCGUACAAGAACUGGAAGAAGUCCAUUAUGUUGGUCUGGCGAUCAGCAGCCAAUCACAAAUAUGCUAAUGUGUUCCUUCACCCUGUGACAAACGAAAUAGCCCCCGGGUACACGACCAUUGUUCACAGGCGGAUGGAUCUCAGUCAGAUCAAGAAGAACAUUGAGAGCGGUGCGAUCCGGUCGACAGCCGAGUUCCAGCGAGAUAUGAUGCUCAUGUUUACCAACGCCAUCAUGUACAACAACUGUAACCAUCGAGUCCACAAGAUGGCCGUCGAGAUGUACAAUGACGUUCUACAACACAUCGAGCAAUAUGUGAGUACACAGAUCAUGGUACAAACCACAGAUACCAAGCUACUGAGGGGCUCCAGGCGGACAGAUGCUAGUGACAAGGAAGAAGAUAGCAAAAGGAGACGCACAUCAUCUGAACAGCACGGGGAAGGUGGGAAAACCAAGAAAAGGAAAACAAGAGCUGACGACACGUAAAACAAAGUUUUGAAAAAUUCCUGAUCUAAAGUUUCCCAGACAGGGUCAGAUUAUUGACAGGAAAUGAUAGAGGAAUGAUAAACGCAUCAUUUUAAGGCUUGCUAUUCAUGUCAUCUUAUUUCUCAUCUGUUCUAAAUGUUGUAAUGUCAAGAUGAAUAAAGCAACAUUCAGAAUCAAA